AUGUUUCGCUUACAGGCCGUGGUUGGUGCAGCGCAAUAUGGUGUCAUCCUCGACGCUGGUUCCUCGGGAACUCGCGUCUACGUUUACAAGUGGAAGCAUCCAGCCCGGGCCAUUAAGCAUGCUUCCGUGGCAGAGGCGCACCGCCUGCCCAGGUUGAAGCUCAAGAAGAGCGAGAAGAUUCAUCCCGGUGUCUCCACGUUUGCCGAAGACGUCGCCUCCGUCGGUCCCGACCACCUCGAGUCCCUCAUGAAGGUGGCCAUCAGCGAGGUGCCUGCCGCGAAAAUCCCCGAGACGCCAAUCUUCCUCAUGGCCACUGCGGGUGUCCGCUUCCUGCCAAGACUGCAGCAGACGGCGCUCCUACGAGGUAUUUGCAGCUACUUGCGGGCCAGCACCGAGUUUCAUCUCCCGGACUGCAAGUCGCACAUCAAGGUCAUAUCGGGCGAAACGGAAGGCCUCUAUGGCUGGAUCGCAACCAACUACCUGCUUGGCGGAUUCGACCAUCCCGGCGAACACGCCCACGGCAAGAGUCACCACACCUACGGGUUCCUUGACAUGGGCGGAGCUUCGGCGCAGAUAGCCUUUGCGCCAAAUACCACGGAGACCAGCAAGCACGCAAAUGACUUGAAGCUGGUUCGGAUGCGACACUUGGAUGGAUCACCGGAGGAGUACAAGGUGUUCACGGCUACCUGGCUCGGCUUCGGUGCCAACAAAGCCCGCACUCGAUAUAUCGAAAGCCUUCAGGACAGUUACGACAACUCCGACAAGACGCAAGAACUUCCAGAUCCAUGCAUGCCACGCGGGCUGCGUACAACGCUGAGCGGGGAGCCGGCGGUUGACAGCAAGACAGCCCAUGGACAAGUCCUGGUUGGGACCGGGGCGUUUGACGAGUGCCUGCGCAAGACAUUUCCGCUCCUCCGGAAAGACGCGCCCUGCGAAGAUCAUCCGUGUCUGCUCAACGGCCAGCAUGUUCCAGUCAUCGAUUUCGACGUCAAUCACUUUGUCGGCGUUUCCGAAUACUGGCACGCCACCCAUGGCGUGUUCGGCAAAGAGAACACUGUGUAUGAUAUCGCCGUGUAUCAGCGCGCAGUCCUGGACUUUUGCAAUCGUGACUGGUCUGCCAUCGAAGCGGAUCUGAAGAAGAAAAAUAAAAAGCUGGAGCGGAAAACGCAAACGGCACGCGAGGCGUGUUUCAAGGCCUCUUGGCUAAUCAACGUGCUCCAUGACGGCAUAGGUAUUCCCCGAGUCACCUUGGAAGGCACCCCCAGUACAGACAUCAAUGCGACCAAAGAUGCAGUGGGAACGGCCAAGGGCAAAGGAUUCCUCGACCCCUUUCAGCCAGUUGACAAGAUUGAAGGUGUCGAGAUUCCUCCCAACGAAUCAUCCUCUUUCCCAGUAGGAUUUGGGAGUAACGUGGGAUCGGGUACACCGUCCGACUUCGAGCACGCCGGUUCCAUACCCCUGCUACCGCCCAGUCCCAACGACACGGACGACGAUGGGCCUGUCAUGGCGCCGAGCAAAUCCACGUCGGGUCUCUUGGCGCUGAUAUUACUGCUGCUCCUGGCUGCCUUUUUGCUGAGGAGACCGGAGUGGCGAAGACGGCUGGCGGGCAUGAUCCGUCGGCAGCGGCGUUCCGGCGCCGGACGCAAACCUGCCCGAGGGGUCCCUUCCUUCGUGAACAAGCUCCUGGGGCGCAAUUCAACGGCGUACGAACGCAUCGUGGAAGAGGCAGACGUGGCUGACCUGGAACUGGGAGACGUAGACUCUGAGGAUCACGACUAUUCGGACGGCAGCGACAGCUCACGGGCUGGCUCCCGCCCCGUCGUGCAACCCCCCAGGCUGAACCUUGACCGAUCGGAGGAUCUUCAGCCGCCAUCGGAGAUGGAUAGGAACGGACUUGUAAUCCGCACCGAGAGCCGUGAGAGGCUCGCUCCAACGCUCCAAAUGCUCAACGCGGGCCGGCGCAGUAGGGUUGGCAGCCCGACCCGGUUGAAGAGCCCUCUGAUGACGCCGCGUGAAGACCUGUGA